UCAGACUAUUUACGCCAGAAACACCGAAUUUUCCUGCCGGCGGCCGGGGUCGGUGGUCCUCGCAUUCCUUCGGGGGCGGGGGUUGGGGGUGGGGGACGGUGUGCCAAUCUGGUUGGAAUUCGACAAAACCCCAGGCUGCUGGACUUAUACACAUCCUCCUGAAUCAUAACCAUCGGUCAGGGUUCCCUGGAAAAAUCUGGAUGUCUAACAGGAACGCUCAUAACCGAUGCGGCUUCUCCACGGCUGAGGUAUCUGCUUGACCCACUGCCCAGGGCCAUUUGGAAUGGCUGUGAACAUCUCUACGAAACCCCAGGUCGUCGAUCGUAAAGAUGAAGUUCUUUGGAGAAGCUUCUUUGAAUCGUUGUCAUAGAGUGGAGUAGACCAUUCUCAGCUGCUGCCUCGAGUAUUCUGCCAGAGGGAAAAAUGUGCUGAGAUGGAAAAGCAAUCAAGUAGAUUUUCAUGGAGGCAUUUUUAAAAGCAUCUUCUUAGAAGGGCGAUGUAAUGGCCGCCCGCUCUGCGUCGGCGUUCUGAUAAAGGAUCGCUGUUGCUGGGAGGUGCUGGACGGCCCCGGCCUCUUUGGAGCCCUAUAGCGGCGGGAAUCCGGUCCGAAGAUUAAGGCAGCGCAGCGGUCUUGCAAUGGGCGGCCAGGACGACCGGCGGGCUGGCUGUUGACCGUGGGCUCUGUCUAUGCCUCAUCGGGAGUGCGUCCGCAGGAAGCCCUUCGCCUCUCCCAGCUCUCAGUCCUUGGAAGCCCCUCUCCCUCCCCCAUUUCCCGUCCUCAUCUUCUCAGAGUAUCCUCCCCUGGACGUCCCCACCCACCCUCACCCCACGUCCCCAACCCUGGAUGCGCGGGUGAGCCAUGUCGAGACCCCAGGGACUGUUAUGGCUCCCGCUGGCCUUCACCCCCGUCUGCGUCAUGGUCAACUCCAACGUCCUGCUGUGGAUCACCGCCCUGGCCGUCAAGUUCACGCUCAUCGACAGCCAGGCCCAGUACCCCGUGGUCAGUACCAACUACGGCAAGAUCCGGGGCUUGAGAACGCCGCUGCCCAAUGAGAUCCUGGGCCCCGUGGAGCAGUACCUGGGCGUCCCUUACGCCUCGCCCCCCACCGGGGAAAGGCGCUUCCAGCCCCCCGAGCCCCCGUCCUCGUGGACCGGGGUCCGCAACGCCACGCAGUUCGCCGCCGUCUGCCCCCAGCACCUGGACGAGAGGUCGCUCCUGCACGACAUGCUGCCCGUGUGGUUCACGGCCAACCUGGACACCCUGAUGACGUACGUGCAGGACCAGAAUGAAGACUGCCUCUACCUGAACAUCUACGUGCCCACGGAGGACGACAUCCAUGACCAGAACAGCAAGAAGCCGGUGAUGGUGUACAUCCACGGCGGGUCCUACAUGGAGGGCACAGGCAACAUGAUCGACGGCAGCAUCCUGGCCAGCUACGGCAACGUCAUCGUCAUUACCAUCAACUACCGCCUGGGCAUCCUGGGGUUUCUGAGCACCGGCGAUCAGGCGGCCAAAGGCAACUACGGGCUCCUGGAUCAGAUCCAGGCCUUACGCUGGAUCGAGGAGAACGUCGGGGCCUUCGGUGGAGACCCCAAGAGAGUCACCAUCUUCGGCUCGGGCGCGGGCGCCUCCUGCGUCAGCCUCCUGACCUUGUCUCACUACUCAGAAGGUCUCUUCCAGAAGGCCAUCAUCCAGAGCGGGACCGCCUUGUCCAGCUGGGCCGUCAACUACCAGCCUGCCAAGUACACGCGCAUCCUGGCCGACAAAGUGGGCUGCAACAUGCUGGACACCACGGACAUGGUGGAGUGCCUCCGGAACAAGAAUUACCGCGAGCUCAUCCAGCAGACCAUCACGCCGGCCACGUACCACAUCUCCUUCGGGCCGGUCAUCGACGGGGACGUCAUCCCCGACGACCCCCAGAUCCUCAUGGAGCAGGGCGAGUUCCUCAACUACGACAUCAUGCUGGGCGUCAACCAGGGCGAGGGGCUCAAGUUCGUGGACGGCAUCGUGGACCACGAGGACGGCGUGACGCCCAACGACUUCGACUUCUCCGUCUCCAACUUCGUGGACAACCUCUACGGCUACCCGGAGGGCAAAGACACGCUGCGGGAGACCAUCAAGUUCAUGUACACGGACUGGGCGGACAAGGAGAACCCGGAGACGCGCCGCAAGACCCUGGUGGCCCUCUUCACGGACCACCAGUGGGUGGCCCCCGCCGUGGCCACGGCGGACCUGCACGCCCAGUACGGCUCGCCCACCUACUUCUACGCCUUCUACCACCACUGCCAGAGCGAGAUGAAGCCCAGCUGGGCCGACUCGGCCCACGGCGACGAGGUCCCCUACGUCUUCGGCAUCCCCAUGAUCGGUCCGACCGAGCUCUUCAGCUGCAACUUCUCCAAGAACGACGUGAUGCUCAGCGCGGUGGUCAUGACGUAUUGGACCAACUUCGCCAAGACCGGUGACCCCAAUCAGCCCGUUCCGCAGGACACCAAGUUCAUU